UGUCGGUCUGCUCAUUUCAUUUCUGUUUGUAAAUAACUGCGUUUGUAUUUUUAUGUAUGUUUUUGUCAAGCAAAUAGAUGCGCCUGUAACGCGCUUCAUUACAAACAACUGCAUUCCGCCAUCGCCUUACAGUUAUCUGCGUGUAUAAAGUUCACAAGAAAGAAGAAAACAAAUAAAAAUCCACACUUUCAAACGUCCGAACCGUACUGUGUCCAGGACACCGGAGAAUAAACUACACAGUAGCCCUUUUCGAGGCAAAGAGCUAGAGCUUCACCAACAGAACAGAAAUGUUGCCAGAACUGACGGCUGCCGCGAGUUUCGUGUCCAGUUUACUGAGGACAAGGGGCUUUCUGAGCGAGCACAAACUUCAGAUCUUCAGUCAUGCACUCCAGGAAGCUUUAGCGGAUCAUUACAGACAACACUGGUUUCCAGACAAGCCUCAGAAAGGAUCGGGAUACCGCUGCAUACGGAUUAACCAUGAAAUGGACCCCAUCGUCAGCAAAGCUGCCAGCAGAAUCGGACUGAACAGCCAGCAGCUUUACCAGUUGCUGCCUAGGGAGCUGACCCUCUGGAUUGAUCCUUACGAAGUUUCCUACCGCAUCGGCGAAGAUGGAUCUAUCUGUGUACUGUACGAGGCCGAGCCGCCCGCAGUUGGCAGCAGCGCCACUGCCCUUACCAGCAACUCUUUCAACUCCCUGUACACAUGUAAAAACCAGCUGCUGUUGGGCCGCACGAGUCCACCCAAAAACUACCUGAUGACCGUCUCGAGCUAGAACGUGUGCGCAGCCGGUCCAGGCAUCUACUUGAGAUAGGCAAUGUGUACUUCAGGGAGGGGGAUCAGGGGAGCGCAAGCAGCGUACGAUUCACAGUUCACCCUCUGGAAGCAACAGGGGAUAAAAUAAGUACAUUUAAUUUAUUUUUUUUCCUUUUUGUUUUCUUUGUUCUCCCCCGCUUUAAUGAAGGGUUGGUACUUUCCCACUCAUUUGUUUUUUUUGGACAAAAAUUAAAUAGGCACUCUGCACAUAAAAUAGAUUAUUUAAAAAUAAAAAAAAAGAAAGACAAGGCACAAAAUGUACCUCAUUGAACUAUAAGGAAACAAAAGGCUACUCCUGAGUAGCCUGCACUUUUGCACUGCCGAAGCAUUCAGUCUUUUGUCCCAUGAAAUUUUCCCCAGCCCUCCACUUUGUGCACCCCUUUUCUUAUUCUAAAAAACUGAAUGCCGGACAAUACUUUUUUCAUGUAUUAUAUACAAGUUCAUAACACUGCUUAAUUUCUUUGGGAUUCUUUUUUUGUUGUUGUUGUAAGCCCCCAAAGAGAGCAUUUGCUGAUUGCCUAAUAAUUUCUACAGAAAGGUGCAAUAAUAAUAAUAAUAAUAAUAAUACAAAAAAUAGUUAAAAGAGAACCCCAUCAACUAGAGGUUUGCAGAAACUGAUGAGGCCACUGCACUUAGCCUGAAGUAACUUGACAAUGCCUUUGCUUCGCAUUAUUCCACUCCUCCUAGGCUGUAAAGUGCAGCUUGGCAAGAAAUAACAAAAAAUUAAAUACAAAUCUCAUUUUCAAAACCUGCUUGAUACAUUCUGACUAAAAAAAAAAAAAGUGGUUUCCUAUGGAAACUACAAAAUGCACUAAUUGUUAUUUCUUUUUCUAUCUGCCCUGAUUUUAUUUUUUAAAGUGCUACUUACUGUCCAGCAUUACACUGCAGAUAAAAAUCGCAUUGACUUUAUAAACUGGGCCUUACUGACUGACUAGCCUUCUGCAAACUGCUGUGAAGCAUUACUGCCAAAACUGCAGCCAGCGUUGUUUGGGAUUUGUUAUACAAAGGGUGACACGGGAAAAAAAACCAAAAUGAUUCAAAUAAUAUUUAAGGGAAGAUGUUGUGCAAUAAAAUGUAUUGGGGGUCACUCAUUUAAUUUUAUGUUCUUGGGCGGUUAAAGGGUUUGUUUUUAAUCCCUGUUUGUUUUUCUUUCUUUUGCUUUGUUCAUCUUUAUACAACACAUACUGUGAAUGUGAAUCAUCUCGUUUAACCAGGUUUUCAACUUUGGGGAUGAGUGUUGCCGAUUCCGAGGGAGUAAGCCAUCCUGUGUUUAUGGGAUUCCCUUUCUUAAGUAUUCAUUGCUUGCUUGAAUAAGCUGUGAGGUAGCAGAUUUGGUAGCGCAAAGAAGAAAAAAAAAAAAAAAAACGUAAAAGUCAUUUUUAUUCUAAUGCUGGAAUGUAGUAACAUUACAUUUUUUUUUAAUUUUUAUUUUUAGUUGUAGGAUUUUUACUUUCCAGCUGGGCUGUUGAACAGUCCUUUUUCCUCACUUUUUAAGGUCAAGGAGAUUUUAAGAUGAGGUGGUGGUAAUGUGUAUCAGUUUAUGUACAUUUUUUAAUGGAUUGUGUACAUAUAUAUUGACAAAGAUGUACAG